AUGGCUGAUGAAGGAAAAACUGCUUUAAAGGCACGUAAGUGGUGGAAGAACUUAGACUUUGCAAACAAGCUACAUUUUGUUAGAAACAAAAUAGUUGAGGCCUACUUUUGGGCCCUAGCGUCCUUAUUUGAACCUGAAUAUCACUUUGCUAGGAUUUUACUAUGCAAAUGUGUUGCUCUAACGACAGUCCUUGAUGACGUUUACAAUGUCUAUGGCACAUACGAAGAACUAGAGCACUUUACAGAAGCUAUUGAGAGGUGGGACAUAUCUGCUGUUGAUCAACUGCAAUUGCCCGAGUGUAUGGAGGUUUGCUAUAAGGGAUUGUUGGAUAGCUACUCAGGAUAUGAAGAAAAGCUUGCAGAUGAAGGAAACUUAUAUCGCAUUGAGUAUGCAAAAGAAGCAAUUGUUAAAGCUACAGCGCUAAUUGGCAGACUCCUCAACGACAUUGCUGGCCACAAGUUUGAGCAAACCAACGAGCAGUGUGCCACAUCAGUAGAAUGCUACAUGAACCAAUAUGGUGUCGGAGAAGAAGAAGCGAAAAUCGAGCUAACUAAACAAAAGGAGGCUGCAUGGAAAGACCUAAACCAAGAGUGGCUCGAUCUCCACUCCAGCAAUAGUAUCCCCAAUCCCCUCCUGCAGAUCAUUUUGAAUCUUGCAUGUUCUAGUGAAGUUCUUUACAAUAAUAUGGAAGGGUUUACCAACUCUGAGACUGGGCACAAGGGUUUUAUAUAUUCUCUCCUUGUAGAACCAGUGCCUGUUUAA